UCGAGUCAGUAGUUUAAGUAGAAAUGUCGAUCAAGGCUGAAAAUUUGUCUUUGCGGAUAUAGUUUGAUUUUUCGGACCAGUAUUUGGUUUAUGUCUCGAGCUUGAUGCGACGCAGUAUCUUCAGUUCAGUGAGUGCAGUUUCUACUUGCAUUGAUUUGGCUUCAGAAAAUGCGUAGCCAUCGUGAAUUGCUGAGUGAAUCCGUCCCGAUGGGCUCCAAUCCGAUUCCCCCAAUUCUUCCUCUUGAACCCAGUCUGACCUUCCUGCCUGGUGAGAUCGAUUAUCUCUUCUAUGGAGGGCCUCCGGUGGCCCCGCCACACGUACCUUAACUUGCUGUUGAAGUUGAGAACCACGAGGCCCACGCUGAUGCUGUAUAGGCCGCCUUGAUCGCACCAUUCCAAGCUGCAUAACGAAAUUGUCAACUUGGUUUGCCUGCUUGCUGCAGCGCAUGAAGUUCCUGAGCUGUGUUCAAAACUUCAGCAAAGAUUCAUUUGAUAGAAUCUGAUGCAGGAGUAGUUUGUUGCUUGAUGCGUUUAGCUAUCCACGCUGAUGCGUCUGUUGGCGGUGAUAAAACUAUGAUCGCGCUUGAAAUCAAUCCUAUGGUCGCUUUGAAUGCGGUCAGCAUUCACAGCCUUACACUUACUCUGCAGCUCCUCAAUUGAUGUUUUCAUUGAACCAGAAACUAAUAUUUACUUCAAGUAUCGGUCUCUACCAAUCUCCUCUUUCUCUUGGAUUUCAUACCUUCUUCAGUCUGUAUUGUUUGUGCAUGUUUCUAUGUUUUGAUUUUUAGUCGUAAAAAUUCAGUAUGGCACUACUACUGAGAACUAGUCGUGUUCAGAAUACCAAAAGAUUGUGAUUAGUAGAAGUUCAUUUGGGUUUUCUUGGUAAACAUUUGAAAUGCUAUCUUGUUUUGAAACCAGUCAGUGGAAGUGUGAACCAUUUUUUAUUUCAAUACUGAACUGUGAUGAUUUUCAGAAAUAGGGUGAGAAGAACUCUCACAGAAUGAAAAGUUGUAGCGAACCUUGCGAGGAUCAUUGCUCUGUGAGCUUCGCUUCCUGCAAUGUGAGCUCUACUUGGCGGCGCACAAGUCAGUAAUUGUUUGGUCCAAAAGCUACUCAAAGGACUCUUCUGCUAGUAUUACAUAUAUUAAGCAUAUAAGCGUCCAUGAACAGGACAUUCGCAAGAACUUUUCAGAGGACUUUAAGAACGUCCAUAGGACCAACUUCAUUCUCUGCCAGAGGACCAUCAGAAUACCAUCACCUCAUGGGCCAAUUCAUAAUUGGAUCACAAACAAUGUUUCUAGAUUGUGGUUCAAAUCUUCAAAAUACCAAAUUUCCUUCGUGAGGUUUCAAUCACAUCUCCGAUCUGGUCGUGGUCGUGGUCGUCGUCAUCGCAGUCCUUUUAUUUUUAUUUUUGUUUUUUAUUUUUUAAUUUUGUUUUUUGCUUUUUCAUCCUUAUUUCCAGCAGGGGUCCUCCCGGCUAUGGCGCCGCUUUCUCGAUCCCUUCACCUUGGAUUACACGAAACGGCUACUCGUCGCUGGUGUUCUUCAACUCCACAUCGGCAGGGAUGAAUAUUAGAGUUCUUAUUAGUUCUGUCUUGUAGUUCGUAGAGAAUUUGGCCCCGCGUAGUGAUAUGCUUGUUGAGAUUAGGAUUAUUAGCUUUGUUUCGAUUGCAGUAGCGGGCAUGUUUGAAACUUGAGAGCAUUUUUUCGCAGAGUUUUGUUUCGGUAUCUCUGAGGCUUAGGGAGUAUUUACUCGCAGGCGUGAGUUGAUGCAGUUGCGGAUUCGGGAUACGUGUAGUAAUUGUAUGAUUGUGGAGAUGUGACGUCGUUGCACCGAGCGAAUCUGAAAGGGGAGUUGAGCUGCAGAUAUAGAGGAUUAGCUCCAGCGAACAAGAUCCUGUGAUUCUGUAAUUACAGAUCAAGGGAUAUGGCCAAUGCUGAGGUGUUCGACUCAUUCUUUCGGAGGGCGGAUCUGGACCGCGAUGGUCGUAUUAGUGGCACUGAGGCCGUUGGAUUUUUUCAGGGCUCCGGACUGCCGCAAGCUACUCUUGCCAAGAUUUGGCAAUUUUCAGAUAAAAACCGUGCGGGCUUUCUUUCACGGCAGGAGUUUAUCAAUGCAUUGAAACUUGUGACUAUUGCACAGACGGGGAGAGAUCUUACUCCAGAGUUGGUGAAGGCAGCCCUAAAUGGUCCAACAGCUUCAAUAAUCCCCCCUCCACGUAUCAAUGUACCAAUUCCACCUCAUUCUAAUUUCGGUCAAACUCCUCCAGCUCAGACUCCGCCCACAGCUCCACAAGGUAGCUAUGGCCAACAAUUCCCCUCACAAAGUGGUUAUGGUCAACAAUUAGGUUCACAGGGAGGGUUAGCACACCCACAAUCUUUAUCAUUGGGUGGUGCUAUACCACAAAUGUCUCAACCCCAAGGUCGUUUCCUUUCUGUUGGAAGUAUGCCUCAAGGAGCAUCAAUGAUGCAGCAGCCUCCUAGGCCUGGUUUUUCUACUGCUGCCCCAGGGAUGACACAGACCAGGCCUACCUUGGGGGGUCUGAUGGGAAAUUCCUCCCAACCGUCUGGAACACAAUUCUCUAGCAGCCCCGGUUUGUCAACUGGGGUUGAAUUACAGUCCUCUGUCAUUUCGGGAUUGCCAAGACCAACCGCUCCUAAUGGCAUGCUAUCUACAGCAGCUUCUCUGCCAAGUACAACAAAGGUGCCACCUGUCCAAGCAUCGGGGGCUGGAGGUCUCAAGUCUGGGCCGGGGUCUUUCAGUCUUGGGGAUCUUUAUGGAGCACCAAUACCUACAAGACCCGCUGGGGCUGGUCCUACACCGAAGUCGAAGUCUACUCCUGAAUUGCAAUCUUUGGGAGAGACUUUCAGGACAGAUCCUGUUGGGCCUACGGCGCUAGGACCUACAAUUCUUCUCUCGUCCUCCAGUUUAGGUUCUGAACCCUCUGGAGUUUCACAGACAACAGAUUUUGGUUCCGGGUACGGUGUACGAUCCCUGAGUGGACCCGGGGUGACCUCCCCAUGGCCGCAGAUGACUUCAAAUGAUGUUCAACGAUAUACUCGUGUGUUCAGCGAGGUGGAUACUGAUCAUGAUGGGAAGAUCACAGGAGAGCAAGCUCGCCAGCUUUUUCUUGGCUGGCAACUACCUAGAGAGGUACUCAAGCAGGUAUGGAAUCUUUCUGAUCAAGAUGGUGACAGCAUGCUAUCAAUACGUGAGUUUUGCACAGCGCUGUAUCUCAUGGAGCGCUUUAGGGAGGGUCGACCUCUGCCUCCAAGUCUUCCACCUGGAAUUCACCUUGAUGAUCCCCGUGGUUCUGAAGGACUGGUGCCUGCAGCUCAGCGUCCUGGUUAUGGUGCUUCUAACUGGCAACAAGAAGGAAAUUUGCAACAAAUGGGCCCUGGAUCUGGAUCAGUAUCUGGUCCUGGUCCUAUACGUCCCACUCUUUUGACCACACCAGCAGGGCAGAUGCAUCUCCAAAACUUAACAUCCAGUGGAGCAGCUGGUGCUGAACCCUCCAAGGAUGCUUUUGGAGAAUUCAAUUUUUUGAAUAAAAGAAAGCAAUCUGAAAAAGAAGUGUCAAAUUCUAUGCCUGCCCCAAAUGCCUUGCCUGUUUCCAAUACCAUGUCAAGGAGCCUAGAUAUCCCCGUGAAUAAAGUUAUCAUAGAUAGGAGGUUGAUGGAUCACAGAGAGAAAUCAGCAUAUUAUCGCACGAAACUCCAAGAAAUUGUUUUGUUUAAAAGUCGUUGUGACAAUAAGCUCUCGGAGAUAACGGAGAAAGCUGCUGCAGACAAGCGGGAGGUGGAUUCGUUGGCAAAAAAAUAUGAUGAGAAAUUCAAGGCUGCAGCAGAAGUGAAUGCUCAAUUAGCCGUGGAAAAUGCGAAUCUUCGAGAUGCUCAGGAGAAGAAGUUGGAGCUUGUAGAUGCUCUUUUCAAGAUGGAACAUGGUGGUGAUCCCAAUGCUCUUCUUCAGAAAAGAGCAAAUCACAUUGCAACUGAUUUGGAUAAGUUAAAGAAAGCACUUCGUGAUCGUGGUCAACUUCUAGGUGUGGAGGUCAAUCAGAAGAUCCCGAAGGAGAUGCCCUUCGGCUGGAUGCAAAACACCCAAGAGAAAGCUGCUGAAUGGAUUGAAUGGGAUGCGCUGGUGGAUCGAGACUUUUCUGUGGUUGAAGCUCUGACGGAUGAUACGGUCAUUACGGAAAAGGCUCCCGCUGCAGCCAGUUUGGGGAAAGAAGAAGAGAAUUCACUAGAUAGCAACAUCAAUCAUAAGAUAGAAGUUCCUUCUAAUUCAGACUCAGGCCUCACAGAUAAAACUUCUCAAAACCCUAGUGAAGCCUCACCAAGAGCUGUGGCUGAGGUUUCUGCAAGUGAUGUUUCGUCUGCGGAACCUUCUGAUAUAAAACCUGACUCUACCUCAUCAAUUCCAACAACCAAAUCCGGUGGAAGAUAUGCAAAUGUAACAGAGUCGCAAGAAUUUGGCUCAGACUUGUUUAACAGCUCAACAGCUGCAAGCUCUCCCACAAGCAGUUCGGAAGUUGGACGUGGGUCUUUCACACCAGAUGCGUUUGCUGGAAUAGGAUCUUCUUGGGGUUUUGGAUCGAAUGAUGAUGAUGCAGAUAUAGGUCCCCGAGCUUCAUGGAGUUCUCAGAGUAAUCCGCCUAGCACUCAGGCAUCUCUUGAUGUCACAAACUCGCGAGGUGCCACGCGAUUCAGCAAAUCAUCAGCUUCUUUUGGGCAAGAGGGUUCUUUUGACUUGGGCUCGCCACGAACUUCAAGCAUCGAUGGAACCUCUAGCCCUACAAGGGUCUUUGAACGAAAUGAAACUAGUCAUAGUCAUGAUUUUGACUCUAGGGCUUUCGGUUCAAAGCAUUCCAACAGGAAUUCAUCACUUUUUGGUGGAAAUUUAAGUCCUAAAGCUGCUUCUUUGCCUUCACUGUUCGGUGGCAGCCCUAGAGCCUCCAAGCAGGAUGAUGGUUUCAAGAGCUUUUCGCGAUUUGAUUCUUUUGGACCUGGAAGUCCUUUAGCCCCAACCAGAGCUUCAGGUGAGGACCGACCCAGUAAUUUUUUUAAUCGACUUGACUCAUUCAGCAGCGUUCAUGCUGAUGGAGCUAAGGGCAGUGGCUUUCACUCUGAUGAUGAGUCAGAUAUUUUCUCAGCGUCUGGACCUUUCAGUGCGAAACAGUCGCAAGUAUCUGAUGGCUGGAAAGCUUUUUAGACAGGAAUGCAGCUCGUAAUUAUGUUACACUUUUAUGUCGAGUUCUAUUUUAGUACUACGACUUGUCUUAAUGCUUUGUACUCGUGCAAGUGAUAGUUCAGGUGUACUAACUAGUCAAACUUCACUCAAACUUUCUUUGAAUGGAGGUUCAGUUGAGUUUCUAUUCGUUCUAGAGCUUUGUUACUGGGAUACCAAUACGUAGAAGGUUAACUGAUAUUCUUCUGCUUCUGCAUUUUGAUAUUUGGUGAGUGGUCUCUGAGGGGAUUGUAGAAUUUUUGUAAGGUAUUCAAGUUUUAAGUAGUUUCUCAGUUGCCUAAAAGAGCAGUUGGUUUUUGUUUAAAUGGACUGUUGAUUACAUGCUGUAGCAAUUCCUUUUAUCACUUAAUUCAAAAGUGUAUCUGGAGUAGAGAUUUUUUGAUUUAGCAUACAUAGCAGUUUGGUUUGAGCUAUUAAAAUGUCCACAACCUUAGAACUGAUGCAUUUGAUGUUUACUACCUUAGUAAUAUGAUAUUAUUUGAGCAGA